AUGGAGUCCAAACUAAAACUCAUGCUGCGUCCUAGCACUUCGGCUCCCUCACUGAAGGAUGUAGAAACUCGACCCGAAUCAAUCAAAUCCACCAGGUCAAAGGCCUCGUCAUUUCGUCAUGGGUUGUUAAAGAUAGAUUCUUCCAUCGACCACUCGGCCAAAGACCUGCCAGCACCUCCAGUUUUGACUCCAGGCGCCCCAAAACCGACAGGAAGAAAUAUCACUAUGAAACACAGGUUUUCAAGUGUCUCGGUUCCGUCAAGGAAAUCAUCAAAGGCUAAUGUUGAGAGACGAAGCGAAGGAACCCUUAUAAUCGACGACACUAAACGGCCCCACGUAGUGUGUCUUGAUCCUACGAUGCACCCUCUUGACAUGCACGCGGCAAUUCACCACCCUGGCUUAGUCACGGAGGCCGACUUUUGUGAUGCUGGUGUUGCAAUUGACCGCGACUCGCCUAUCAUAACACCGCCAAGUAGACUCUCCCCUCUAUCAGAUAUCAUCUCAACCGCCCCGGUCUACCGCAUUCUCUCGGGAGGCAACAUACAUCAAGAUGUCAUAGAUGUGUCCGCUCAUACCCACAAACACCAUAGCUCGGCCGUCAAAGUUCGCCCAGCUGCUGGACUUCUUCCUAAGGUGGCAGCACACGAAGGCCAUUCAAACAUCUCUAAGGUCCAACCUGCUGCAGAAGAUCCUGGAGGCAGGAAUGUUCUAACAUCGAGAGUCAGUCCAUCAAUAGGCCCCAGUUCUCCUUUGAGCUCUGAACAUACUUCAAACCACGAAGGUCAUAUCUGGGUUCCCAAGGUACAGCCUUACCACGAGUCAUCAGUUAUUGUGUUCAAAACGGAAGAGAACUCGUUGCCAAAGUUGUCCGUCGCAAGUAGUGACCGAAGAGAUGAGGACUCAUCGAAAGGAUCUUCGUAUUGGGGAUUUCUACCAAAAUUUGGCGACAAGAAGGAUGAGAAGUCGAGUGUCGCCGAUGAGUCCUUAGCCCAUCCUGCUUCUCCGCUUGGGCUACAAAUGACCCCACCUGAAUCAAGAAGCAGAUCCGUUGUCACGACUCGCAUUGAAAAUAGGCCUUCAAGCCAAUAUUCAACUUCUCAAAAAAGUUUCGAUGUUGUCCCAAGAAACAUCACGAGUGCCGCCGAAUCAAUUGAUAAUCGAAAGAACGUCCGCCAUGACAAUAGAAGCGUAGCAUCUCCCGACAAUAUUUCCAACACUAGUCCUCGGCAGGAGGAAAUUGCGCUUCAAGAUAAUGAGGAAGAGAGAGCCUUAUCGACCGGCUCAGUUUCCCCUACCUCUCAUCCACGUCAUGCAGAGAGUUUGUGCGAGAAUGACGAUCAGGGGCAGACCAUAUUGCCCCAGUCGCCCGAUAAAAAUGACCCGUGGCGUGCUGGUACCUGGCUUCGCCAGUUUCUGGGAUAUCCCGAGUCAACUGAUCCGAACCUUACCCAAUUACCGGAGAUGUCUCAUCCUCGCCACGAAGAACAUUACGAUUAUCCCAAUGAUAUAAUUGAUGAGAUCGCAUCUAGAGUAACAACAUUCUCGGAGCAGAGUGCAGCAGAUGCCGGGACGAUGGAUGCGACUAUGCAUAACCUUGAACGGCUACUUAACGAAGCACUGAAUCUCGCUGGUGAAGCUACUGAGCACGAUCAUUGUGGAUAUACUGAUGAUGGGAACCUCUCUAGCCAUUUACAUAACACAUCUGAAUCAAUUCAACCGGAUGUUCAUGAAAAGAUCAGAAGUCCAAGUAAAGAUACGCACGAGCUCAUAGUUACUAAGGUACCGCAACAUGUCUUCGUGGGUGCGCCUGAAGGUUUCGGUCAUGGUUGCGAGGCUUUAUCAUCAAGAUGGACAGACCCCCGCGGAUUGGUAAGGCCUGACAUGCGCAAUGGCAAUAUUAGUCGAUCAUCAUAUCCCACCGAGGUUACCAGAGAACGAAGCGUGCAUAAUCGCCGAAAGUCCAAGCAAAAGCGCACAAGUCGCGAAAAACGUCAUGUAUCGUCUGACGAUAGCGUUUUGCCAAUGCCACCUUCCGAUAGCAAAAUCAAGAGACGAUGUCCAUCUCCAAUACCUCAUGCAUACGACGAAGAUGAUCCAACGGGGGUUAUAAAGCAUCGUGCCAGGGAUGUCCCUAACAGUCGAGAAGUUAGAGAGUAUAUCCGUGUCUUUCAUCACCCUCCAAUUACAUCUCGGAACAGCUCUAGAAAUCUUCGCGAGGCCUCGCCGGAAAAUGAAUAUAAACUUCGUAAAGCUGAUACGUAUCCUGGGGUACGUCGCAGAGAUGUGGACGUGUGCAGCUUAGACGGUGGUUCCGACGAGAUAGUAGACUUUUCUACCCAAUACAACACCAAGGAAGGACAAGAUAUUGCAGUCCCAGAAUUCAAAAAGUCUAGGCGUCAUCGCAACCAAGAUGCCUCGCCUGUGAAAACUGGUGCGCACCAUAAACAAGCAGCAACCAGAAAACAUCACGAACUACGCAAUAUAAGCCUUCACAGAAGGUCUCACUCUGUGAAACGCCAACCUACAAUCGCCCGUGACUGGUCACCUAUCCGCAAGAGAUUUGUUGCUUCUGUCGCGUGUUUGAGCACUGCAUUGAUCGGUGUCCUGGUCGGAAUCUAUGCUGGUCUAGUUCCGUCGAUGCAAUAUUACAUUGCAGACUUCAACCACUACACGAUUCUUGGCAAUGUUGGGAUGUAUCUGGGAAUGGCGCUUACGAAUUUCUUGUGCUGGCCGUUACCAUUGCUACACGGCCGUAAGCCAUACAUCGUGUGCAGCUUAUGUGUAGCAAUGCCGCUACUUUUCCCCCAAGCGAUUGCAGUAAGUGUCCCUCGGUCUCCAUACACGAGCGCUUGGAGAUGGGCACUACUUCUUCCCAGGGCUCUCAUGGGCUGUGCUUUGGGUUUCGCCAAUAUGAAUUUCCAUUCAAUAUUGACCGACCUUUUUGGCGCGUCUCUGAUGAGCAGUAAUCCACAUCAGGAGGUCGUCGAUCGUUACGAUGUGAGAAGACAUGGGGGAGGCCUUGGUGUAUGGCUCGGUAUUUGGACAUGGUGCUUCAUCGGCUCGUUAGGUAUCGGCUUUCUGCUUGGUGCCAUAGUCAUUGACAACCUACAGCCUUCAUGGGGGCUCUACAUAAGCAUCAUGCUUAUUGCGGUCGUCCUUCUUCUUAAUGUACUCUGCCCUGAAGUCCGACGAUCAGCUUGGAGACGUUCCGUGGCCGAAGUGAAAACUAGCUCAGCAGUAUCGCGAAGAGUAGCUCGGGGGGAGGUCAAGAUGCACCGAGUCAAGGACGGCCCCAAGUGGUGGGGCGAAGAAAUGUAUCACGGAGUAGCUCUGUCUCUAGAGAUGCUCCGCCAACCAGGAUUCGUUAUUAUGGCACUAUACUCGGCGUAUAUAUAUGCUCAGGUGGUUUUGGUCAUUGUCCUUCUGGGAUCUCUGACAUCCAGAUACUACCGGUUUAAAUCCACAUAUGUAGGCACCGCGGUGUCAUCUGUUGCGAUCGGUGCCCUGUUAGCGGUGCCAUUCCAGAUGGCGAACCUCUUCUCUCGAGCCCGUUCCACAGGUCCGCUAACGAACAGUAUGACCUUCGAUAAAAGGUUGACAUGGACUUCACACCUCGUCCGGCGGGCAAUCUUUGUUAUUGUGCUCCCUAUCGCCGGCGAUACCAUGAAACGGACCAAUUACUCAUCUUUCCCUCGAGUAACCGCCGGAUGGAAUCUUAUUCACAGUGUUGGUUUCGCCGCGGCUGCGGCGGCGACUUGGGUAGGCGGCAUAGCUACGCGAAGUCUAGGACAGAGAGCUGCAACGGGAGUUGUAGCAUCCGCCUUGUUCUUACACUCGAUUCUACUCCUAGGUGUAUUUACACGGUUUAGACACAGGCCCAUCAUCCUUGGCAACCCGUCGGAGAAAUUUCGUCGUAUGAACAUCCUUGAGUUGGGCUCUCUAACGCGAUGGAGCGAGAUCCGCAAGAAGAACCGUCUAAUCGAUGAAGGCGCUCAUCUAAAUAGACAAGUAGUUGAUCUUGCUCGCGGUGAGAUUGGGCGUCGAGGCAACCAAGGCGUAGAGAGAUUCGGGGAAAUUGUCCGAAAAGUGAGUAAGAGGAGUAUGAGAAGCAGGCGUAGCCGUGACAGCGAUGAGGAUAACAUCCCGCGAGUCGAACUUCGAGAUAUCGGACCAUUGGGGCCACCAGGGGCCGGCCUUGAACACCACCACAGCGAAUUACCUCCUACAGUGUAUUUUGAACGCGAAUGCAUCAUGGGUCAGACUUUGCCGGAAGAAGCGGAGGAAGCCCCAUCCACGGACAGCGGGUCGGAUGAUGAUUAUGACGCAGGUCAUUUACAAGAGCACUCCUCUCAUAUGACUUCCAAGGUUCAACCAUACGCCGGCUUCAGAAAGCCAAGCCUACGAGGCGCCGUGGCUGGCACAGAUGAUUAUGCGAUCGACACGGAGCUCGCCCGUGGCGAACACGCCUCUCACGCAGAAGCAAAAGUGAAGCCUGCAGAUCCCAGAGGUUCAGAGCACAGAGAACAACACGGUGCGCAUAUGACAAACAAAAUCGGGGCUAGCAAUCAACAUUCACUCGACACUCACCCACAACAACACAUCAUCGCACCUAGCGCAGGCGACCACAGCACAGGCGCUACCAUGAAGCUCUACGCUAUCGGAGAUCUCCACCUCAGCUACGAGUACAACAGGAAGGCCCUCGACGAUCUCACCCCGCACCUGGACGACGGGCUCAUCUUGUGCGGCGACGUCGGCGAGUCGGCCGAUCACCUGAACCUCGCGUUCCGCGUCGCAAAACGCAAUUUCAAGGACGUCUGGUGGUGUCCCGGCAACCACGAGCUGUACACCCUCGGCAGCUCCCCGCGUCCCCAUCUCCGCGGCGAGGCGAAAUACCGCCGCUGCGUGGAGCUCGCUAGGGAACAUGGUGUGUUAACGCCUGAAGACGAGUUUGUGGUCUGGGGGGAUGAGGGGGAGGGGGAAAAGGUUCUUGUGUGUCCGGUCUUCACGCUGUAUGAUUACAGUUUCCGCCCGAAAGACGUCGAGAGGAAGGACGCGCUGAAGUGGGCUGAGGAACGCGAUACCGUUGCUACGGACGAGUUCCUGCUCCAUCCGGAUCCGUAUGCUACCCGGGAUGAGUGGUGUCGUGUUCUCGUUGAUAGGUUUGAGAAGAAGAUCGAGGAGGCGAGGGUGAGGAAUCCGGGGUUAAAGACUGUGCUUGUGAAUCAUUGGCCGCUGAGGGAGGAUCUGGUGUUCAUUCCCCGUGUGCCGAGGUUUAGUCUUUGGUGCGGGACGACGUUGACGAGGGAGUGGCAUGCCCGGUUUGAUGCGAAGGUUGUGGUUUCUGGACACUUGCAUGUGCCGCGCACGGAUUGGAAGGGGGGUGUUAGGUUCGAGGAGUGUAGUUUGGGGUACCCGAAACAGUGGCAGGAUGUUAGGACUACCGGGAAGGAUAUUAAUGAUUUGUUGAGGGAGAUUAUGCCGGGGCCGUCGCCGCCGCCGGGGGGAGAGGCGGAGAUGAAGUGGAGGCGUUGGGGAUAG